ACCCAUACGAUCUCCCACCCUUCAGCUCCACUUCUGCUCUUGCUUUGAGCCCACACUCUCCCAGACAGCCCACGCUGAUGUCUAAGGCUCUGGGAAGCCAGAGGGCAGGAGCUGCCAUAGGCCAGGCCAGAGGAGAUGGAGGCUGGGAGGGGGGAAUCCCAGCCGAGCGGAGGUCUGGGAGCUGGGGAGAGGUGGGAGCUGUGAUAGCCCAGGCCAGAGGAGAUGGAGGCCAGGGUGAGAAUCUCAGCUGAAGGGGGAGCUGGAGGUCAGAGGGGAGGGAGCUGCCAUUGGCUGGGCCAGAGAAGAUGGAGGCUGGGAUGGGGCUGGGUCUCUGGGAGGAGCUGCCCAGAGACAAAAGACCUAGACAAGGAUUUCAGCCGUUCAGCAUUCCCAGGAACUUGUACAAGAACUGGCCUUUCCCUCUGUAAGGCAGGGGCUGCAGCAGUUUGCCGGAGCCGACAUGGCCUCACAGAGCAGCGAGGGCAUCAUCAAGCUGUCGAGGGAGGAGCUGGAGGCCCUGAAAGCUGCCUUUGAGGAGGGGAACCUUGCCGGAGUGGCCUCCAGACUGCAGGAGAUGCUGGAGUCACUGGAGAGCAUCCACCUGGACAUGGGCAUCACAGGCGAGACUGGCUCCGGAAAGUCGUCCUUCAUCAAUGCCCUGCGGGGCCUGGAUGAUGAGGAUGCAGGUGCCGCCUGCACUGGUGUGGUGGAGACCACCAGGGAGCCGACUCCAUACCAGCAUCCCCGGUACCCCAACUUGACCAUCUGGGACCUGCCGGGGAUUGGCAGGCCUGAUUUCCAUCCUGACGCCUACCUGGAGCAGGUCGGCUUCCCGCGCUACGACAUCUUCAUCAUCAUCGCCUCACAGUGCUUCACCACCAACCACGCUGCUCUGGCCCGCCACAUCCAGGCCAUGGACAAGAGCUUCUACUUCGUCCGCUCCAAAGUGGACGUGGACCUGGAUUCCUCCCUCAGGUGCCGGCCAUCCAGCUACGGUGAGGUAGAGGUGCUGCAGGAGAUCCGGCAGAACUGCCUGGAAGGUCUGCAGGCCCAAGGCAUCCGCUCACCCCAGGUCUUCCUCCUCUCGGCCUUUGAUCUCAGCAAGUAUGACUUCCACCUCCUGGGGGAGAUGCUGGAGAGGGAGCUGAGCAACCACAAGCGGCACGCCUUCCUGAUGGCCCUGCCCAACAUCUCCCUGCACAUCCUGGAGAAGAAAAAGGCAGCAAUGUUGGAACACAUGUGGCUGGUCUCCACCGUGGCCUGCGGUAUCCAUGCCGCGCCCAUUCCAGGGCUCCUGAUCUCCUGCGAUGUGGAUGUCCUGGCCAGGACCUUGCAAGGUUACUGCAAGGGCUUUGGCCUGGAUGAUGACUCUCUGGAGAAGCUGGCAGCACAAAUGGGGCAGCCGGUAGAGCAGAUGAAGGCCGUGAUCAAGUCUCCAUUGGCCAAGGAGAUCUCCAACAUCCUGGUGGUGCAGCUGUUGCUACAGGCAGGCAGUGAGGCACCUAAGCUAGCCAAAGAGGUGCUGAGCUCUGUCCCGCUGCUGGGCUCGCUUGCAUCUGGAGCACUGUCUUUUGCCACCACGUACAAGAUGCUGAGGAGCUUUGUGAAUGCAGUGGCUGCUGAUGCCCAGAGGGUGCUUAUUAAAGCUUUCAACUUGGAUGCUAAGAAGUGAGCCAGAAAGGAGGAGGAGAGAGAGA